AUGGCUCUAAAUUCGAUUGUGUAUAAUUGCAACUACACCUCUAACGUUAACACUAAAAAGAAGAAGUGGUACUCUGGACUUUUGAAGGCUGUCUGUAACCAUGGUUCAAUUAGCCUUUCUCUAUACGAGUUAAAUGAAUACUCUAACAACUUUGGAAGACUCGUUGAUACUCUCGAUAUUUUCAAGUCUGAUUUGGACUCCCUUUCAGGUCGUGAGUUCAUUACGCCUCGAAACAUCAUUGAUGUCAUUGACGUUUUUCAAAAGGAAGAAUUUAUGUUUACCAAUUUUAUUCCUGCUAAACCAAUUAUUAGAACCGGGCUUCAAAAGUUUUCAGCUCCCAGGCCAUUUACAAACACUACAAAAUCUGAUACUAAUAAUCACACCGACAACUGCAAUAGUAAAAUUGACAAUAGCUUCACACAUAUUAAUUAUAACAAGUCAAUACCAAACAAGCAAGUGAAUGUUCCAUGUGAUAUUGAGACUGAUGUCAAUCAGACUAUGCUAGUUAAGAAAAAUAUUGAACUAUCUAAGUUCGACUAUAAAUCACCUAAUACCUCUAAAAGCUUGGUAGUAGAGGACAUUUUAAAGAACGUAGACUUUAAUCUAAAACAAAUAUAA